GUAGGUAAUGGGAAGUAUAUCAGAAGAAGACUGGACCACAGGGAAAUGUUUCCAAUCAGGUUCAUCAACAACUUCCAAUGUCUCUGCAACUGUAGCAGUUCAUCCUUCCAAACCUUUUGCCAACCCACAGAAGACAGGGACUGGCAGUUCUGCUGCUAUGCAAAUAAAAAUUGCUCAACCAAGAGUAGCAAAGCCCCUCUAUGACCCCACCCACCCUGAUGCAUUGGUUAUGCCACGCCCACCUUCAUCACAUCAAUGGCAAAACAACCAGCGAAAUGAGUCUGUCAUCGAUGUGGUGGUUGAUCCUCACCUUUCUUCAAAACUCAGACCACAUCAACGACAAGGGGUCCUCUUCCUGUAUGAGUGCAUUAUGGGAUUGAGACAGUAUCAGGGCAAUGGGGCUAUUCUGGCCGAUGAAAUGGGUCUUGGGAAGACAUUGCAAUGCAUUACCCUCAUAUGGACUUUAUUCAAGCAAGGUCCAUAUGGAGGGAAACCAAUUAUCAAGAGGGUUUUGAUAGUUACACCAGGAAGUCUCGUCAAGAACUGGUGCAGGGAGUUCAGGAAGUGGCUUGGCUCAGAGAGAAUAUCAGUUUUCCCUGUUAGUAGUGAGAAGAAAGUGGAGGAGUUCAAGAAGAGUCCUUUGUUUCCAGUGAUGGUGAUCAGCUAUGAGAUGAUGGUACGUUACGCUGAUGACAUCAGAGGUAUAACCUUUGACCUGGUCGUGUGUGAUGAAGGGCACAGGCUGAAAAACAGUACUAUCAAGACUGCAUCACUCCUAUCUAGCCUCGCGGUCAGGAGAAGAAUCUUGUUAACAGGCACUCCUAUACAGAAUGAUUUACAAGAAUUCUAUUCCAUUGUAGAAUUUUGCAAUCCAGGAGUUUUGGGUACAAGUGGAUCAUUUCAUCGUGUGUAUGAGGAACCUAUCUUGAGAUCCAAUCAACCCAGUGCCACUAAAGAUGAGAAGAAACUAGGAGCUGCUAGAGCUACUGAGCUUUCAAGGUUGACUAGUCUUUUUGUACUUAGGCGUACACAGGAGAUCAACAACAAAUACCUCCCACCAAAAGUUGAGACCGUGGUAUUCUGUCAGCCAUCUUCCCUCCAGCUCCAACUCUAUCAUCAUCUUCUACGUUCACCCCUCAUCCGGUCCUGUCUAUCUAGGGGAUACACCCCCACUGCAUCAGCUGGCUCCCCUCAUCUGGUCUGUAUAGGAGCACUCAAGAAACUCUGCAAUGAUCCCAGUCUGCUCUACCAGGCUAGUAAGAAGGCUGAAAAUGAUGCAGGGGAGAUGAGAGGAGGAGAUAGCUGGUUGCUAGAUGAUGAGGAGGAGUCUCUUUACAAGGGUCUACUGCCCAUCUACCCAGCCGAAUACUCCGAAGGCACUCCAUUGCUAGCCCAUUGUGGAAAGCUGAGUGUACUAUCCGAUAUACUUAGAGCUAUGCAUGCUGAUCCAACCAGGAGGGAAAGACUUGUUCUUGUUUCCAAUUACACUCAGACACUUGAUAUACUCCAAGCAUUGUGUAAUCUUGAGGGAUAUAAGUUCUGCAGGUUGGAUGGCUCUACACCAACUGCUAAGCGACAAUCAAUAGUAGAGCAUUUCAACAGCAGCUAUGCCAAAGAAACCAUCUUCCUGCUAAGCUCUAAAGCUGGUGGAGUUGGUCUGAACCUGGUCGGUGCUUCCAGGCUUCUUCUUUAUGACAUUGACUGGAAUCCUGCAAAUGAUCUUCAGGCAAUGGCUAGGGUUUGGCGAGAUGGGCAAAAGAAGACUGUUCACAUCUAUCGACUGAUUACAGCUGGUACUAUUGAAGAGAAGAUCUAUCAACGUCAGAUUAGCAAGCAGAGUCUUAGUGGAGCUGUGGUAGAUGCUAAAGGACAAGGAGGCUCCGUCAAGUUCUCUUUUGAAGACCUCAGAGACCUGUUCACACUGCAUGAAGGUAGCUCAUGCAUAACACAUGACAUGUUGGGCUGUGACUGUUCCAAUUCCAAUGAACCUUCCUCAAGUGUGGAAGCAGCUGAAGAUGUUCAGAAAGAGCCACAAAGACCCUGCCAGCUUGGAAGACCCCAGCCAAUAGUAUCAAAGGUAGAGUAUUGCCAGAAAAACUUGUCAAUGGGUGAUUUGAAUGAAUGGCAACACUUUCCUGCGCCACUCCCACAAGAUUUUCAGGAUGAAUACCUUCUGGAAGCCAAGGAUAAGAUCACGUUUGUCUUCCAAAAUGAGUCCAACAUGGUUCCGGUAACAUGAAAUCUAGACUUGGAUCUUGUUCACUAAUCCUUAAUAGCAAAUUGAGCUCAGUGCCUGAACAGAUAACUUUAGUGUGUCUUGAGAAUGGGCCAACAGACAAACGUGACUUGGACCAGAAAGAGGCAUGAUCAUCAAGUAAUGUUAUUUACUUCAUGUGUGAAGGUCUUGCAAGAUUCCAAGUUGUCAUCCUUGAGUAAUUUAUAGAAAAUGUCACCCGACCUUCUAUAAGGACUUCCUUUAUUGCUGAAGAAGUGAAAUCCUCAAACCUGUAUCAGCUGGGAAUAUGCUUAAUCAACCGGGAAUUUCUUCAUUAAAGUUGACUUUUAGGACAAAUUUGCAAAUGAUACCAAAAUUUUGGUUUCUUUGUUAUUGUACUGUGGAGUAUCAGGAAGACAGCACAAAUUUACACCAUUCCAAGCUUAGCAGCAAUUAUAUUUUGCAUCUGUCUGUUAUUGCUAGUAAAAGCUAAUGAGUUUGAGUUCUCUUCUCACCCGAAAUAUAGCAGAGAAUUGACUGACAUUCUUGGUCAGACUUUCCACUGCCUCCUAUUUUUGCAAAUAUCACAAAGAUUAUUCUCCAUUGAGAAUGCAGAUCCACAAGAAAGUUUGGCAGAUUCCCAAUAUUUUGCCCCAUUUAUCUUUGCAAUGAUAUCCCUUUUGGCAGAGGACUCACAUACACAUACACAACACACUCGCAAAUACACAUUCAAACACUUUAUCAUAACCUCAUUCAUGCAGACACACAGAUGAUGUAAGAGAACGAUCUGAAGAAGAUGUGAACUAA